AUGUAUGUUGUGUGCGAUGGUGACGGCGCGAAUACGAUGAAUACAGUAUGAUAUAGUAAGAUAGUAUUGAAAGAUGCGGGACUUAACGUCCGUUCUUUCGUUUAUAAGGUUUCAAUUAAAUAAAUAAAGUGAAUGUAAAAAAGAAUCAUUUUACAAUAAUUUUAUAUAUAAGAAAUAUUCUAAGAAAACCAUUGACCGUUCUAACUGUAUAAUAAAAUGCUAGUAUGCUGGAAUUACUGGACUUUGAUUAGGUUAAGAUUUUGAUGAUCCAGUAAUGAUACCUAGGAAACUAUUAAACUAAAGUGAAUUUUGUCGUUACUUUUAAUCAAUGCGAUAUAACAGUGCUUACAAUGCAUAAAUAAUCUUUUUUUCAAAAUGUCUCAUGUUGAGUCAUGCAAAGAUCGUCAGGAUAAUGAAAUGGAAGCAUUAAAAUCUAUAUUUGGUGAUGAAUUGUGUGAUUUGAGAAAAAAUAAAAGUAAAAGGAAAUGGCAACCAUUAGAUAUUUUGAUAACAUUAACACCACAGAAAGGAAUGUCUGGUCCAGCUCAAAUUUAUGCACAAAUAGAUUUACAUAUCACCUGUGGAGAAAAGUAUCCUGACAUAGUACCCACCAUAGAAUUAAAAAAUAGCCAAGGUCUGUCAAAUCAGCAAGUAGGAGUUUUAUAUUCAGAACUUGAAUAUUUGGCACGUCAAUUAAGCGGCGAAGUUAUGAUUUUUGAGCUUGCCCAACACGUUCAAAAAUAUUUACACGAACACAAUAAACCAAGUUAUAGUAGUUUUUAUGAAGAAAUGAUAUCUAGACACCAAGAGAAAAUACAGUAUGAAAUGCAGGAGAGACAACUUAAAGAGGAUAAAGAGAGACAGGUAUUACAAGAUGAGAUUCAGAAGCGUCAAGAGGCAUUGAAAGCUGAAAUGCGUAAUCAUAGAGAUCUUGUUCGAAAAUCCAUUGAAUCGGACAUAGUUUCUCAAACUUUACCAUCCUCACCGCAUGAAAAAGUAAGGACAUAUUCUAGACGUAGAUGCAUGAGCACAUCUGAAAGCUCGGAAGGUUCUUUAUGCGAGCACAGGGGUACGAAGCUUCUCCACUUUGAUAAUAGUAAAGGAGAAAGACAAGUCCAUAGAGGCAAAUGUUUGGGACAUAGUUCUAAGGGUUCUAUCGUUUAUGCCGGUUUGGAUAUGACAUCGGGUGAAUUAUUAGCGGUUACAGAAUGGACAUUAAAAUAUGGUCUACAAAAUGAAAAGCAUGGAAUACGUGAUACUGCAGACUUACAAUACGCUAUGAAACAAAUAGGUAGUCUUGAGCAAGAACUUAAUCAUUUACAUAAAUUGCAUCAUCCAAAUUUAGUGCAUUAUUUAAAUAUGAGAUAUCUGCAGGAUAACAAUAAUAUAGUCAUUUAUAUACUUCAAGAAUUUGUGGUUGGUACGACAUGUGCAUUUUUUCUUAUGGAAAACAUUUCGAUUGAUAUAGACAUACUCAGGCAUUUGGCUUCUGGCAUUCUCUCAGCAUUGCAGUACCUUCAUGAGAAUAAUGUUGUACAUAGGGAUUUGCGUGAUACAAGUGUUUUUAUAGAUCAUACCGGUGUCAUAAGACUAUCAGAUUAUUCAUUAGAUAAAAGAUUAUCAGAUAUAUAUCGUACUAGUUCUUUGGCUAAAGUAGAGCAUGAUUUUCCAACGAUUCAAGGGAGAAGCGGUAAAAAGGCAGAUAUUUACCGAUUCGGUAUAUUGGUGCUUUCUUUAUUGAAAGGAACGAUAGUGUCCGAAAAGGAUGUCGAUUUAGCAAUAAUUUUACAGCCUCACUUAAAAGACUUCAUUUCAAAAUGCCUUAUUAGUGAUGAAAGAAUGCGUUGGUCUGCUGAACAACUUCAACAGCACAGUUUCAUUAAAACACCUCUUGAUCGUGGUUUGUCUCCUCCUAAGCUUAAAAAUAAUAAUGAACAAAAGUCUGACGAACCUGAGGAGCCAGACUGUGACAUUCAGCUUUAUCUACCAACAUUGGGUGGACAGUCGCGCAUACAAAAUGAAUUUGAGAUAUUGAAGUGGCUGGGAAAAGGAGCCUUUGGAGAUGUUUUAAAAGUUAGAAAUAAAUUAGAUGGAGGUGUAUAUGCCAUCAAGCGAAUCGAAUUGAAUCCGAAAAAUCGUCAAUUAAAUCGAAAGAUCACACGUGAAGUAAAAUUACUUUCACGUAUGAAUCAUGAAAAUGUCGUUCGUUAUUAUAACUCAUGGAUUGAAAGUGCUACCUUGGAUGAUUCGCUCCAGCAUAAUGAAUUAACGUCAGUGACUGCUUCCUCGUUAAAUACAAGCAACAAACAGGCCAAAUUAGAUAUAGUUAACCAUCUGGGAAGUGAAGACAUAGAAAGACUUGCACCACCUUUACACGACGUUGAAUGGAAUAUAUCUUAUGAAUCUGUAGCAAGCGCAGCCAAUACAGCUGAUAGUGACAAUGAUAACACAGAUGCAUCCUGUGAUUCUGAUAGCGACGAAGAUAGUUCAUUUUUGAUGAGAACAUUCCUUCGAAUUGAUUCAUCAGAUAGUAUAGAAUUUGAAAAAGAUGGCAUUUCUCAAACUACUCCUGAUAAUUCUGAUAAUCAUGAAAAAAUUAACAUUAAUAUUGCUAAUACUUCGAUAAUAAAAGAAAUACAAUUUAUGUAUAUACAAAUGGAAUUUUGUGAGAAAAGCACUUUGAGAACUGCAAUCGAUAAUGGAUUAUACGAAGAUGAAGAAAGAGUAUGGAGAUUGUUUAGAGAAAUUGUUGAAGGCCUUGCACAUAUACAUCAGCAGGGUAUGAUACAUAGAGAUCUAAAACCUGUUAAUAUUUUUUUGGAUAGUAAUGAUCACGUUAAAAUUGGAGAUUUCGGUCUUGCUACAACUAAUAUAUUAUCGUCAUUAGCACAGACCAUUGAUACCGAUAAAGAAGCUGAUAAGGUAGAGAAAGGUACAAGUUAUGACGUAGAUGAAUUAGGAUCUUUAACAGGCCAAGUAGGUACAGCUUUAUACGUAGCGCCAGAACUUUCUGCUAAGGCUGCAAAGGCUAUUUACAAUCAAAAAGUAGAUAUUUAUAGUUUGGGAAUUAUACUUUUCGAAAUGUGUUACAAACCUCUUAAAACUGGAAUGGAGAGAGUAAAGAUAUUGUUAAAUUUGAGAUCGAAAGAUGUUAUUUUGCCCUCUGACAUAUCAGAAGGUGAUAUGCCUCAUCAAGUGCAUAUUUUUCGUUGGUUAUUGAAUCAUGAUCCUAGUCAACGGCCAACGGCACAGGAAUUAUUAUCAUCGGAUUAUUUACCUCCUCCACAAUUAGAGGAGACUGAACUUCAGGAAAUGGUACGACAUACGUUAUCUAACACUCAAAGCAAGGCAUACAAAUAUUUGGUCGCUUCUUGUUUUACCCAAGAGGUAACGCCAGCAGAAGAUAUCACGUAUGACAUGAAUUUGCCAGCUAGAGGAAUUGCAAAUCUCAUUUCAUCAAAAAGAUUGUAUUUACAAGAGAACGUGAAAGCUAAAGUCAUUGAAAUAUUUCAAAGACAUGGUGGUAUAUAUUUAGCAACUCCACUUUUAAUGCCAAAGUCUAAUCAGCAUAAUAAUUUUAUUGACGCAAGUGUAAAACUUAUGACACGAACUGGUAGUAUUGUCUCGAUACCACAUGAUCUAAGAGCUCCGUUCGCCAGAUAUGUCGCUUGGAAUAAUAUCUCUCAUCUUCGGAGAUACGCAAUAGAACGUGUCUUCAGAGAGAAGAAGGUGGUUCGUGGAUUUCAUCCGAGAGAAUUGUACGAAUGUGCAUUUGAUAUAAUAAGUCCAAUGGCUAAUAACUUAAUGGCAGAAGCCGAAUUAAUAUUCAUAGCUUGGGAAAUUUUCAAUGAAAUUCCUCAAUUAAGGGAACGUAAUUUUACAAUACGUUUAAAUCAUACAUUAUUAUUACAAGCUGUAUUAAUGUAUUGUGGGAUAGAACGUGAAAAGUAUCAGGAUAUUUAUUCGAUAUUGUGCGACGCACGUGACGGCAAAUUUUCAAAGUUUCAAGUACAAACACAUUUAAUUAGCUUAUGUCUCACGGACCAAGCAAUGGAAACGCUUUUUAAUUUAUUUGAAACUGAGAGUUCUGUUGCCAAGAUUACCAGUAUUCUAAGAACAAUAACAAGAAGGAAAGGUGAUGCAGCAGGAUUAGCGAAGGAAGGUUUACAUGAUAUAGAAAUAGUAAUCGCCAAUAUAGAAGCUUUAGGUGUUAAGUGGCCAGUUACGGUUGUUCCAUUGUUGGUUCAUAACGUUCAACAGCACAGUGGUGUCAUAUAUCAGAUUACGUGCGAAGUAAAGCGUAGACGAAGAAGAGGUGGACAAGACGUUAUCGCUGCUGGUGGUCGUUAUGAUAAGAUGUUAAUGUCAUUUAGACAAAUAUUGGAACGUACGGGAAUGACUAAUAAAGAAAAUAAACAGUAUGGCGUUGGAAUUAGUAUAUCACUGGACAAGUUAGUUUGUGCAGUUGAUGAAAUGUCUGAAAGUAUUUGCGGAGAAAAUAAAUUUGGUAUUGAUAUAGCUGUAUGUUGCGACGGUUGUCCAAGGAGAGAAAAGGAAAUGGCUAAUGUACUUCGCGAACUAUGGUCAAUGGGAAUAAGGACUACUAUAUUAGAUACAAAUACGAUAGAAGAGGUGUUAGAAUAUUGUCAAGAACAUUCUAUUACUCAAAUAAUAUUAUUAAAGAACAAUGAAAAAGGUUAUCUAAGGGUACAGACAUGGGAAAGGGAUAGGUUUCAAGAAAGAAAAAUUGGCAUUCAAGAUAUUGCCGAGUUUCUUCAACGACAGACUGAAAAUCCAUUACCAAUUUUGAAUAGAUCUGAAAGUAAAGUUAGUGCGAAUGACGUUACAGCUUCAUCCAAUAAUUCAACGAAUAUCAAUAUAACCUUUAUUCUAUCAGAGAGAGAGAAACUUUCUGGGAGUGCAAGGCGAAGUUUUAAAAAUACUAUGCUCGCUCAGAUGUCGUCCUAUUUACAGAGGAUAUCUCAUAAAGUUCCUAUAGAAAUUUUUGCGGUCUUCCUAGAAAUGACAGUAAUACGAACGAUAACCAGUUUUUUGGAGAUAGAUGAGGAGGAACAAGACUUUCAUAAAAGCAUUCAAAUUGUGAUUGAUAAACACGCUAGACAUAAGAAAUAUAUCAAAGAAAUCUGUGAAGAAAUGAGAGAAUUGCGCAGCGAGAAGUUGCGUCCAGUUCUAAUAUUGUACAGUCUUCUGGAUUAUCGAUAUAUGACCCUGAUAUGAACGUUUGUAUACAUAAAUAUAAAAAGUAUAAAAAUAUAUUUUCAUAAUUAUUCUAAAAAAUGAAUAAUACAUUUACUUUUACCCGAUAUAAUCACCCUUAAGAUUCUUACGAUUGAAUAAACAUAUUACGAAAAU